GAAAGGAAGACAAUGUGAAGGAUUCCAUGGAUGCGAUCAGAGAAGAACUUCAGCCUUUCUGACCAGGAGCUGGAUGCCUUACCCACGGCCGGAUCAUGAUGUGGGUCACGGUGGGUUUCCUUUGCUGCCUGACCUUCGGAAGUCUGCCUUGGAUGCUCUGUUUUUGCCCUUCUCAAUGCAGCUGCUCAUUCUACAGCAUCAAUGAAAGGAUGAGAGCCAGCAGGGCUAUUCUGUGCAAUGACCCGGAGAUGACCCUUACACCUGUCAAUUUCCCAGGAGACACUUUCAAACUUAGGAUAGAAAAAACAGCAAUCCGAAGAGUUCCUGGGGAGUCUUUCCAUUCUCUUCACAACCUGGAGCUCCUCUGGAUGCCCUACAAUGCCUUGGUGAGCCUCCGAGUGAGUAACUUUAGGGGCCUGUACCAGCUUCAGGAGCUCAGACUGGCGGGCAAUGUUCUUACUUCCUUUCCAUGGGAAACUCUUUCUAACAUGCCUCAGUUGAGGUUGCUGGAUUUGCAUAAUAAUCAGAUCGCCUCCAUACCCUCUCAUGCUGCUCAGUAUAUCCGGAACAUCACUUAUCUAGAUGUCUCAAGCAAUAAACUGAUGAUGCUCCCUCAAGAACUCAUCGUGGUCUGGUCGAAUCUCCAAGCUGUUCCAUACUUCCUUAACGACCAUUCCAAGAUCAUCCUAGGCCUACAGGACAACCCGUGGACGUGUGACUGCAGCGUCUAUGAAAUGGCUCAUUUCCUCAACUUCCAGUCCCCCAACAUAGCCUUCAUUGAGCCAAAGCUGAGAUGCUUCAACCCUGAAAAGCAGACUAGACUCUUCUUCAGUCAAGUGGAGCUGAGAAAGUGCCAGAGUCCAGUUGUCCACACCUCAGUGGCUAAAGUGAAGAGUAUCCUGGGAAGCACAGUUCUGCUUCGGUGUGGGACCACAGGGGUGCCCGUUCCAGAGCUGAGCUGGAGAAGAGCGGAUGGGAAACCAUUCAAUGGAACAGUGCAUCAAGAAAUUUCUAGUGACGGAAUAAGAUGGUCUAUUUUAGAACUUUCACUUGUUUCUUACCUUAAUUCUGGAGAGUACAUCUGCAAGGCUGCAAACUUUCUUGGAGCCACUGAAGCUUUUAUCUCCUUGAUUGUCACCGAUUCUAAGAGCAUAGAUGAUCCCGGGGCAGAUUUGAAAGGAGUGUGGAAAGGACACAUCAAGGGGAUAGAAACAUCAGCUUUCAAGGACAAUUUGGUAGGAGGACACAUCAUGACAACUUCAACAUUUCCAACUUUGCACAUUAUUUCAGGUCAGGCCAACACAGAGAGGAAUCUGGUGCUUCGAGAUCAGGCCCUAAAUAUGAAAAGCGACCCCCAAAAUAUUUUAGCAAGUCUACCCACUACUAACCCAGAAUCCAAAUGCCUGGUGAGGUCAGUCAGAGUAAUCGGAGACACCGACCAUAGCGUCUCCUUGGCUUGGAAAGCUCCUCAGGCCAACAAUAGCACCAUGUUUAGCAUCCUUUAUGCCAUCUUUGGAGAAAGGGACAUGCACAGAAUCAACGUGGAGCCGAAGAAGACCAGGACCACCAUCAACGGUUUGAUGCCCAAGACCAAAUACAUCGCAUGUGUCUGCGUGAAGGGACUCAUACCCAAGAAGGAACAGUGCAUCAUUUUCUCAACAGAUGAAGUUGCCAGUGCUGGUGGAACCCAGAAACUGAUCAACGUGGUGGUCAUUAGUGUGGCCUGUGUCAUCGCUGUCCCUCUCACCCUGGUGGUCUGUUGCGGGGCCUUGAAGAGACGCUGCAGAAAAUACUUUGUUCAGAAACCCAAAGACAUUCAGGAUUCUUACGUCACUUUUGAAGCCAUCUCUCCAGGAACCAAAAUGAAGGAGAUGGGAGGAGAAUACUUGACUCACCACAUCCCCGAUGAGUCUAAUAGGUUACUCUCAUCAAGAUCCAGUGUGGACUCUGAAGCAGUUGCAAAGGCAGAUGGACAGCUGAAUGAGUAUUUCUGCUGAUACUGGCUUCUCCACAACUUGACAAGUGUAAUUCUGUCUUUGUAUUUGGCAGUCCCUCUUUUGCCUGAGGUCUCUCAUGCCACACACACACACACGUUUCAUACAAAAACAGAAUGUAUAGCUUUACUGACAUUCUUUUUUAAGUUAAAAUUUCAGUAGCGUAAAUAUAUUAUGAGCAAGUUUUCUGGGACUUCUCCCCUUUGAUUCCAAGAUCCCAAUAAUCCAAUAAUGGCUCCAUUAAUAUUCUUUGGAAGAACGGGUUUUUAAAAUAAAUAAAUAAAUAAAUAAAUGAGAGUAUGAAACCAAGAAGGAUGAAGGAGAGAAGAGAAAAUGGAGAAGCAGGAGAUACUUGUUUAUAUGUUCUGUACAUUUCAGGAAGGAAGUAGAUUUUAAACCAAAGCCUUAAGGGCACGAAGGCUGAGUAAGGCUGCAUUGUGUGUCUGUGUGGAAGGGAGUUACUUUUGUGUGAGAGAGAUACUAAUAGCAUUUUUAGGACUGGGGUUUCAAUCUAAAUUCAAGUUCUCUUUCACAACCUCACAUUGUUUUAUCCCUAUCAGUUUCUAAAUGUUGUGUGUUUCUUAAAAGGGAUUUGUAAACUAAAGGAUUAGAGGGAAAGAAGUCAGCUGGAUACUGAAAUGUCAUACGUACCCAUCUGGCAUCUUAGACCUAUUUUUCCUUUUGG